CUAGUGUACAAGUACCUACAGUAGCUAUCCGCAAAGUAGGCAGAAUCUGAAGUCUAAUCCGAACUUCGUCAAAGAGAAAUGUACUCAACUUCUUAUUGUCAUUAUUAGAUUUACAUGUAAUGCUUUUUAUGUAUUUGAUUAUUGUUCUUAUUCAAGUGAGACUACAAAACUAGCAAAAAAUUAAUGUCAGAAACUGUAAAACAUAAAAGUGACGACUGUUGUGUCAUGUGUGUUGUGUGUUCGAUAAUAAGAAUCUGAGGCUCGAAGAAAACUUUAAUAAUACUAAGCCUGGAAAUAGUUUGGGUGUAAGAAAUGCUUAAUGCCGGUCACGAGGUUUAAGCCGGUGCCGGCUAAUGAGUCUUCAGCAUCGGAUGAAGAGUCUAAGUUGGAGCUCUAUCUGCAAAAACAGUUGGAAGAGGAUGUCGCCAGAAUAUUUGAUGAAUCAAUUUAUUCUGACCUUGAAGUGGUUUGCGGGAAGCUUAAAAUACUAACUCAUACUUGUAUACUAAAAGCACGAACAAAUAAAUUUUACCAUAAGCUCGAAACAAUCUUGCAUGUCAAUAUAGAACGCCAUACAUUCGAUGAAAUUUAUUCCUUCAUAAGUGAUGCGUACACUGAGUGUGACAUUAAAACCCAAGAGAGAGAAAUUAUAAAAUAUCUAAAAGCUAACUUCUUAUUCUUAAAUACUGAUAAAGCUAAAACGGGGUACGCAAAAGAAGAAGAGGCUGAUGUAUUUUUAACACCUAAGUGCGUAAGUCCCUAUGCAGAAGGUAAAAUACUAAAACUUAAUGGUACCAGUCCGAAUACUGAACUCACAAGAGAGUAUUAUGCCCUAGUACCAAUAGAAGGUAAUUUAUUGGAACAAGAAUUAAGUGAACAAGACGCUCUUUCCAAUGCAUUUCACUCAAUAAUAAAAACCCAAAAUAAAGAUCCACUUUCUGAAAAUCUAGUACAUCACGUUAAACCUACUACACUUUCACUUAUCUCUAGUCAUUCAUCCAAAACUGUAAAACAUUCCAUUAGUUGUGAUAUUAUAAGUAACUGUCGAACCGAAAGUACUACUGUUGCGGAUAGUAAAGUAAGUAAAGAAAAUAAUAUACCUAAUAAGCAAAUAAUAAAAUUUAUUCAACAAAUCGAAUCAAAAAUUACCACCGAACGUGUAGUUAAAAAAACAUUUAACAGUGAAUAUAAGAUUGACAGAGCUUUAGACGCUGCAUGUUCCCCUGAUAGCUUGAUAGCUGAUGAUCCAAGUUCGUCUUCAGACUAUUUGUCUGCUGCGUUUAACUGUUCGCCAGGUUUGGGUUCGACAGAAUUUUUUCCUCAAUUAAAUGUUGGGGAAAAUUUUACUAAAAUGGACAACAUCUUUACAUCCUCUGAUUCUGGUUUGGAGAAUACUGGAUUGUUGGAGAGUCUUAGCAGUCAUAAAGAUGUAACAUUAACUGAUUUUUCAUUGACGGAAAGCGCUUUGCAUGAAUCAGGCACAGAUGAUCAAAAUCCUUCCAUUGAUUGUACAUCUAAUUCAUAUGCAGAGUCAGACCAAUGUCUGCGAUUCCGACAAUACGAUACUAAUGCAGAUACAUCUUUAAGGAGUCUCACUUCUGUGGCAAAGGAAUCUGAGGGCAAUGGACUUAAUGUCCAAGUAAAUCAAAAAGAUGUAGAUCAUUCGAAAACGUCUAAAGAAGAAAAACAGCGGCAGAACGAGGAAAUUGUUAUUCUUGAAUCGUCAUCUGUAUCAUCCGAGACGGGAUCUUGGGAAUCAAUUUUUCCUCCUAAAGGGACCGAUAAAGAAAUAUGUGAAAAGUUUUUAAAUAAUGAACGAUCACUUAUAACCGAUGCGAAACUCAGCAUUAAACAAGAAAAUUUGAAUAGUCCACCAUCAACUCAGAUUGAAAAAGUUGAAUGUAAGCCAACAUCAUGUUUCAUAGAUGCUUCAAGUCUAGUAGAUGAAGAGGAACCAGUUAAAGUACAAGUCAUUAAUGAUACAAGUGUAACAAAAGCAGAUUCAACUAUGAUGCCAAGUAAGCCGGUACCUUGUUCCUCAACCCAUAAAUUAGACAUAAGCCCAGGUGAUUGGUCUGAAAGUAACGACAACGAUGAUUCUUUAGAACAAGCUGAUAUAAAAGAUCCUGAUUCCAUCCAGAAAGAUUUAUCGCCUACGAUCUUUGAAAUGACACCUAUAACUGAGGAUUCUUUGUGUACGAAUGCUUUUGAAAGUGCAGUAACAAAUCGAGGCAUUGACAAGCAAGACGAUUCGCAAAAAGGUAUUGAUUUAGUAACCGAUACUGAAAGUUUGUCAUAUGCAAGCACAGUAUAUGUCGCCACAACACCGCACAAUUCGAUUUUAUCAGUAAAUACAUGUCAUCAAUCAGUUAAACAAUUUGAUAUUGAAGAAACCAGCAAUGAAAAUGUCACGAUUUGCGAGAAAGCCCAUGUAAAUUUAAAGAAGUCCCGUUGUGAUGAGUCAUCUCCAAUAGUUUCAGGCGGUUCUUCAUUAGUAAGUCACACCCCUCAAUUCGGGAGUAACGACUGCAACUUAGAUGCUGCUAAUGAUUUAAUAUCACAUGACAAUGGUAUUACCUCUUCUUGGGUGGUUGAUAUGUCAUUUUCAUCCAAAUCAGAUACGGAUAAGAACCAAAAAAAUUAUUACGCUAAAAAACCCGGUGAUAAAGCUUGUGAGGGCUUAAAAAGUGAAAGUAAAGAUCGUCCGGAUGGCAUCAUUAAAAGUCGAGGGUCUGUAGAUUCCGAUAGUAGUGAAAAAUCGAGUCAUAAAUUUUAUAUCGACCUAUCAAGUUUACCUGAUCCAUUGCCACCGAAAAAACCCACUGAAACUGAAACUAACAACGAGAAAAAGAAUAUAUUUUCUAUGUACAUUGACUUGGGAGAUAAGGCGCCAGUGAAAGAAAUGCCUGUUAGACUUUCUUCAUCACUGAAUGUAAAAAAACAGAACGAAACUAAACUGCCCUCGAAAAUAAAUAAACCACUAAAAACUUCUAAUACAAAUACAAAAAAUACUAUAUCAACAGCUAAGAUACUGGAAUGCGAGUCUGUUUUUGAAGAAAUUGAGUCUUUGUGCAACGAUCCUAAUAUAAGUAUAACUGAAAUAAUAGGUAUUCCAGAAAAAUCUAAAUUAUCCAAAGUCGAUGAGAUUGAGAAAGAUUUAAUCAAGGAAAAGAAACAUUCUCGAAGUGUAAAUGGAGAGAAUAAGGUAAAACAAAAUUCUAUACCAGUCAUCCAUGAAGAAAUUACUCACAAAUCUUCAGGCGACCUGUUUGUAAGACUAUCAGAUUUGGAUAAGCCUAUCCAAAAGUCAGAAAUUACUAUGCACGAUAUACAAACCGAAAAGGAAGGUAUCGAUGUACGCAUGACGAGAUCUAUCCCAGAUAAUAAUUGGGGAGAGCAAAACUCAUCUAUGGCCUCCCGAUCUAUCGAAGUCUUAAGUUCAUUCCACUCUGAAAAUGCAUUAAGCUUGAACAGACUGUUCCCGCACUUAAAAAAUGAAUUUAGUAAAAGCAUGCCUGGAUCUUUAUCUGCAAGGACCCGAUCUCCUUUUAGGCCGAAUACGAUCAUCAGCCCCGCGGAAGUAGAAGAUCAAGUGUCUGAUGUCUCAGAGCUUAGCAGCGUUCAGAGUAGCAUGUGUCGAUCAGUUGUCGAAAAUAGCACUACAGAGGAAACUAGCCAAACCUCGAGUCUUAUUGGGAAUUGUCAAUCCCGUCUAGGUCAGGAUUUGUUACGAAUGUUUUUAGAAGAAAUAGCUCCAGAUGUAAUCGUCGAAGUAUCGGGAAAGAGGAUCAAAGCACACAAGUGCAUCUUGUCUUCAAGAUGCCAAUACUUCGCGGGUAUCUUAAGUGGAGGAUGGGUUGAAAGUGCUGGAAAUGUGAUUGUUUUACCACCGUUUUCGUUCAACGUGGUGCAUUUUGCCUUGUGCCAUAUCUACUCUGGUUUGUCAACAAUACCGGACUCUAUAAGCAUUGUAGAAUUAGCCACAAUAGCUGAUAUGCUGGGUCUAGAAGGGCUAAAGGAAGCCAUUAUGUUUACUCUUAAAGCAAAAUAUUGUCACCACUUCCAUCGACCGUGUCAAGUUUGUACCGCUGGGGUGUUAGAAUGUUUUCCCCUUUCAUCUGUUUACGGCUUGGACGACUUGUAUCGCAAAUGUCUACGAUGGAUAACAAAGUACUUCUCGAAAGUUUGGCCUACCAAAGCGUUUGCAACUCUCCCAAAAGAAUUACUGGAUAAGUGCUAUCAGGAGCAUAUUGUCAAUUUAUCCACGGAAAAUCUUAUCGAAACGGUCUGCGGAUGUGGCAUUACAGUUGCGUCAUUACAAAGCAGUAGGUGGGCUGAGAUAGUGGCUCGAAUGUGUAGGCGAUUAGUUAAUGCUGUAGCUCAUUUUGCAGCACCUAGACUUGUAUGUGUGCUUAAAAUGAUUGCCUCUGUGUCCAAUGACGCUCCACAAUCUGCUAAACAGGCCCUAGACGAUUGUCUAACGGCCGCCAUUGAAUGGGCUCCUCCUGAUGAAACAUGUCGCGCUUACGCAUUCCUUUCAAACCUUGUCAAAGAAAUUAGAUGUCAUCAGUAUUCCAGACCAGACGUUAUCUCUAAUGGCAACGAGCAAAUGAAAGUAACAGACCCUAAUAAUCUUCUAUAUACACACGCUGGCAGCUGGCGAUUACAAUGCGAAGGAACUCUAGUUCGAGCCGCUCCACGUGUCGUUGGGACACAAGCUUUUAAAGAUUUACCUUCUGAUUUGCGCAAAAGGCUUCGAGAACUUGGUUGUAUUAUGUAUGGACCCCAAGCUAUUCCCAUCAUGUCAUCUCCGCUCCAAGACAGAAAAUCAAAGAGUGUAUUUCAAAGCAAACCUAAUAAAAUACCCAACUCCACCGCCACUCGAAGCUUGGACAUGGAGCAAGUACGACAGUCUUUCGUUCCGUAUAAAGCUAAGCCGAUCUCCAUGGGCGGAACAGAAAAAAUAAAAAGCACUAACGAAUUACGUGAGAAAAAACCAAACAAAUCCAUCCCGCCAAAAGUGAGGACAACGAAAGCACAGGAGGAACGUGCUAAAUUUAAUCAAAUCAAAACGAAUUUGUCACAAGACAGAUUGAAUACGAAGUCUAGGCCUCAUCCUUUCGAAAAUACGAAACCCCGCUAUUUGGAACCGAGGCCGUGCAAGAAUGAUAAUAAGAAACUAUCAACGAAAAAGUUGAUGAACAAAAUUGUAUCAUCAAGUGAGUCUUCUCGCAAUUCAAGUCCCGUUCUAGCGCGAAAUUUGAGGACAUGUGGCGCAAAGGCGAAAGAAGUGAAAGCGCAGACAAUGUCACAGGACAGCUUGGCGACAUCCUCGCGGCCCAGAACUGCGGAACCUUCCACGGACUCGUUGAGCGAGUCCCAAACAAGCAACAAAUACGCAACCUAUACGAAGACGAAACACACUUGCAGGGGAUCCGUUGAAUCAGUGCGGUCAUCGAAAGGCGUUAUAUCAUCGUUGCACAGCUCCAACAACAGAACCAAAAUACCGGUAUAUUUAAAUCAGAAUUCAGUGCCUAACAAUUACGAAUAUAGAGAACCGGAGGUGAUCAAACGACCCGGGCUUACUGUCUCUAAUCGAAGUUCAGAGAGUAAGGUGGUUCCGGCGACUCUCAAAUUAAAGAAUAAUAAAAUCAACAUGAGAAAUGUCCCUGGAUCGUUGAUGAACGCAACUAAGUCGAGUUCGGCGAAGAUGGUCACAAAGAUAGUAAAAGACGGACCACAAACUAAUAAAGUGAAGCAAAGGGUGGCAGCCGUAAAGAAUCCAAGACACCAUGAGCCUGAUCGCCCGCGAGAAUUACCUGUCAUGGGACGUUCUGGAACAUUCUUAAAGGAUGAACCAACAUUUGGCGAUAAAACAACCAACAUUGAUAUUGGCCAGUAGAUAAAUAUAAUUUAGGCCUAUUUCGUAUUUAAAUACAUCACGACAGAACUCUUUAUUGAACUCUCCCGACCUCUUCGUAAUUAAAUGGUGAUGGUUUUACGAGGAAUUCGCGGGCUCGAAUUUCGGACUUCCAGCAUAGAGAAUGGUUAAAACACACGAGUGCGGCUGGCCCCUACCCGACAUAGUGAUCGCUACUAGUAUGCCCUCGAUUGCUUACCUGUCUAUGCUAAAACUUCGUAAACCAAUCCCAAAAACGUAUAAGAAACCUAAUCUCAAAAUUAUGUCGUGAUGUCUCGGCUUUAGGCCUAAAUUUGCUUUCGCUGUCUGUACUUAUUUGUCUAUUUAUAGUUUAAGAAGUUACGAUUUCUCAGAUGCAUUUUAAUUUCUCGUUGUAUCGUUAUCGGCUUAAAUCUUACGUAGGAUUAGACCUGACCAAACUUUUUUGCAAGUUAUAUAGGUGAUACUUAUACAUAUAUUAUGAAAUACCAUAUAAUACUUGUGCGACGUAAUGUUGUAAUUUUAGGUAUCAUAAGAGUAAUCCUAAUCGACGACAAAUGUUAUAGUUUUUGGUACCUACCCUGCAGUACAUUGUAGCAUAAUAAUUAUUGUUUCUGUAUAGAUGCAAGUGAUAUAUAUCGUAGUUUGGCAAUUUCAUAUAUUUUUAGAGAUGUUUAAAAUCGGCAUUUACUUUUCUUUUCAAUAUCUGAUGACAUAACACGAACACAGUACAGCGGUUCGUUCACGCACACAAGUAUAGAGAUAGCGACGCUCAAGUAUUAGGUGUUCCAUCUGCCCUUUGUUUUAUAAUCGGAGAUACGUAAAAACAGACCAGCGUUGCGUUGCGUAGUAAACUAAUCUCGGUCCCAGUAUAAGUGGCCACCAUGUUAUUUAUUCAUAGGAAGAUUUGUGUUUUACAUAAUAUAAAUAAUUCCAUGUUAUUAAUCCUUUUUUCUUUAAAUUGUAUUAUGACAUUGUUAUACAUAAGUUUUCUAUUUAAAUGUAAGCUUUGGUAAAUUUUGCAAAUUCUAUUAUUGUGUAUUUUCAUAACUUUAUUUACAUUUUUCACUUUAUUAUUGCAAUGCAACACUAAGGACUUAAUAUCAUGAAGUCCGUCAUACACCAUGUAAGAUUUGUGUCUAUGUUAUUAUACUCAUGUCUCUAAUUAGAUCCACACGAUUACACUUUAAUGUGAUCGAGUUGCAUCACGAUUGUUUUUAAUUAAUUAUUCUGUCGUUCUUUCGUAGUGUACAUUUCCUUUCUAUUUAGACUUGACUCAUGUCAUGCAAUCGCAAAUUUCUUAGAAUUUUUUGUUACUUACUUACACGUGUAAGUUGAAAGUAAACAUCGCUGUAUAUGAAGGUUUAUUAAUCAUAAUUUCUAAUCAUUACACUAAUCAUUACGUAGGCUAAGAAAGAAUCUCUUCAUAUUUAUAUUUAUUUGCUACUAGCUAUAGAUAAAUGUAAAUGUUAUUGUAUAAUUAUAGUUUUAAGUGUAGCUCUGGCUGUAGUUAAGUUUAAUUUAACGACAUAAAAGUAACUACUUGUGUAAUCCAAUAACCGUAAACGAUAACCAAUUACUAAAGCAGAAUACGCCUGGAUAGUCACAAUUUUAAUUAAAUUUCUGCGGUUAUAUACUGAUUGAAAAGAAAUGUUCUAAAAAGCAGCGACGUAACCAAUUUGAGUGAUCUAAAAUUGUCCGGAAUUAGAAUAUUAAUUCAUAUUUUAACGAGUUUUCGUACUCGAAUUACCUGCAUUUUACUCAUUUUUUUUUAAAUCUUUAUAAUCGAUUAAUCAUCUUUCAUAUUGUCAGCACAUUAUGAUUACCACCGUGCUUCCAUUCUCAGUAACUUGCCUAGAGACUCAAAGGCAAGUACACAAGUUUAGAAGCACUGUACGGGACCAAUCCUUACUGAUAUUAUAAAUAUGAAAGUAUGUUUGUUUUGUUAUCUUUCUCCACAUCGCAACGGAGCGAUUUUAUGAUAUUAUUUUGGGAGUAGUAGAGGCCAGUGAUUGAUACAAGCUGUAUUUAACUGCAGUGUAACAUCUUAUUCUGAAGAGACUUUCCAUUGACGACUAGUGUUAUAAUAACUAUAUAGUUUUAUCUGUACACGAAAUAUCAACCGAGACGUAACUCGUCAAGUGUGUACCGAUAUUUUUAAUAAUGACAGUACCGGUAACAAAUUACCAUAAAUCAUAAAAUCUCUUUGUCUCGGUGAGUGCAUCAAAUUCACUUUACAAUAUUGAUUGUGUGUGUGUACAUGACUUUACUUUUUUAUAUAUUAAUUAUUGACACAGAAAUCGUUAGCAUUUAUAACACACACAUCAAUAUUUCUUGAUCUAAGACCAGACGUGUUGUGCUUUAGUAUGGAAAUAACAUAGAACCAUAAUGUGUAUUUUUUAAUAUUUUGAUUAGGAUUAACUUUCAAAAUGAUCUCAAUGAUGCGCAGUAUUUAAUUAUUUAGGUUUCUGGUUUUGCAUCAGCCAUUGUUUAUAGUUGAGAACGUAGGCCAUGUUUUAUUUUUGUAUAUUAAUGUUUAAAAUUAUAUCUAUUAGAGCUUAAUGUUGUGUAAGUAAAUAAUCACAAAUAUUUAUCGUAAUAACUAUAUUUGGAAAUUUUGGUUAUUCUCUAAAACUUAAACUUGACACUAUUAUAAUAUAAAUAUUGAUUAAAUUUUAGUUACGGGGGUUUCAUUACAUUAUAAUAAAUUAACAGUCGAGAAAGGAAAACAAUUAUUAGUAAAAUUAUCUAUCUCUACAUGUAUCUAAAUAUCGGUUGUAGAAUCGCACCAAGUCGAAAUAGUCCCUAACAUCAGGGACAAUUUCGUCAUCCCAAAAAUAGCGAUAAUGCACCACGAAUAAUUAUACGCUAACGAAACAUCGGUAAUUAUAAAUAAAUUAUUAAUAAUUGAACGCGUACGCUAUGUUCGUACGUGUUUGUCUAUCAAGCUUAUGAUCUUGCUGAAAGGGUAAUUAAUAUUUUAUACACCAAAUAUUACAAUAUCAAAUCACAAUAUAAAAAUUUUCAUGAUACAGAGAUUUUCUUGAGAAAGCUCCAUUGUUUGGUUUAAGUUUUAGAGUAUGUUAAUGGUCGUGCAAAUUGUUAUGUAACUUUAUUUUGUUUAGACAUUUGAAAUGAAUAUAAUGUGCAUUUAAAUGUUGUUUUAUUUUAUCUUUCCCCUACUGUAGCUUAUAUUGCAUACGACAAAUAUAAUCAUCGAGGUUCAAGGUAUCGUAGCUACGGAGAUAUUGCCUUGUUGAUCAUAAAAUAUGCUAUUGCAUGCUGCAAUUACACUUAGUACGUAAUUGGUUCUACUUUAACUGAUAACUGUGAUUAAUACAACGUGAAGUACAUGUUAUUAACAUAUUGGUGAGGUGUAAUCAAGAUAUGUACAACAUACAUGUCAGCGCGCCUUAGCGCUAAUAUAUCUGGAAAUAUAUGAAUUAGAAACAAUGUAAAAUAAUCAUAAAUUAAGUCUUUUAUUUCAGAAAACGAUACAAUAUAGCAUAAUAGUUUAAUAUAACAACAAUACCACACGGAAAUUUUUAAUUUAAUUAUUCUAUACAUAAAAAAAAACUAAGAGGAUAAUUGAAUCUUUCCUGAUAAUAACCUUACCCCAAAAAAAUAUCCACGACAUAUUCACAAGCAACGUGUAAAACACUGUCAAUGAUUUAAAUAACAUAGUCAAUAAUGAUGCAUGUGUUUCUUAUAUUCUGUAUAUGACCAUCUCCGAUGGCCGGUAGCGUCUGGAGUGUGUAACUUCAAGCUCGUGUAUUGCAUGAAGGCACGAAAAAAA